AUGGAGACCGUCGCGGACGAAGCUGCGAGUCGCGUGUACGUGGGGAAUCUGCUGCCGCGGGCAAAGGCCGUCGACCUCACGCACAAGUUCGCGCGCUUUGGCACGAUCCACAGCGUCUGGAUCGCACGCUGCCCGCCAGGCUUUGCGUUCGUGCACUUCGCACGUCCAGACGACGCCAAGCGAGCGGUCGAAGCGAGUGCGCAGGAGGACGUGGAGAUUCUGGGCAAGACGGUGCGCGUGCAGAUGGCGGGGGUAAAGAAGAAGAAGGAGGAGGAGCAGCAGGAGCAGAUCGAGAGCGGAGACAGCGCUCGAAGAAGUGCAGACAGGGAGCGACGACGGGGAUGCUGGACGUCAAGAGAGUCUGGAGAAGAAGUGGACGAACGGGAGUGUAGAGUCGUGACGACAAAUACGGACAGCAACGAGCGGAUCAUCUGCGGAAGUCCAGAGGACGUCUCUCAUGGAUCGUCGGUGCCACAAGUCGAUACGCAAACAGACGUUGUCAUCGAGCUGCUGUUCCGCCACCGCAUUCAUGCCGUCGACUCUGAUGAAGUGGCACAAUCUUGCGACGAAGCAGACGUGCGAUGCACACGCGCUCGAGAUGCACAUGGAUUGUACAUUGCAAGCAGCAGUUCUGGCCAUGAGAACGCGCUCGAGGAGCACAGCCCGUACUAUGCAGGCGACGAGGGCCAAGUCAGGGAGUCAGGUCGCUUGUGCUAG